UGAUGAUUAUUAUUGUCGUGAUAAUCUUGAUUGCUAACUUCAUCCUCCCUACCAGACCCCGAGCCGUGCAGCGGAAUUAAUGUCCUUCUCCAACAUUCUAUCCAGCGCCGAGCCCCUUCCGAAACCGAGGGCACCAAUCAUGGCCGAGCCUAAGGAGAAACCCUCUCGCAAGAGCAAGGGACGCGAGUCGAUCCUCAAAGAAUCUGGAGCGACCUCCAAGAAAGAGUCGCGUCGAUCUUCCGCGAACCAUGCCAAGGACACUCCUGCGAGGGCUCCCAAGAGACAGGCUAAUGGUCAGGUCAAACCCAAGACCCUGCCUGCUGAUAAGGAGAAGAAGAUUCAGAGCCUUAUCGACCAGUUGGAUUCAGAGAUGGAUAAUGUCGAUCUAUCCGAACUGGAAGUUGAGGAAGAAUUCUAUCACGGUCGUAUGAAGAAGCGUAGAAUGGAUCUAGAAGACGAAGAAUCCGAAGACCAAGUUGCCCGACGAGGCGACUUGACCAACAGUUUGUCUGGCAAACUACGUGAACAUGCUAGUUAUGGCAAGCGUCGAUUCGACCAAGUACACUACGAUGAUGCCUUACAAGAAGUUCGAGAACGCGAAAUAUUCGCUGAGAAGGAGCGCAAGAAGGACAUGCAACGCAAACGUCGCAGAGAAAAGUCCAUGCAAGUUACCAUCGAGCAGAAGGAGGCUGCCUUGGCCAAGGCACUUGCUGCCGAAGAUGAUGCCGAACGUGCGAAAUACCUGCGAGACGCUGAGCGUGCUAACAAGAAGGCCCAGCAAACGAAGUUGAUCUUGCAAAAGGGCAUCAAGGGUCCAGCUCGUAACCUGGCACCUCUUGAGCUGAACUUGGAAGGUGGUACUAUGUCGACGUUCCAGGCUAACGACUUGGAAUCCGGCUCCAAGUCUAAGAACAAGGGUCGUAGCGGUAAUCGUCCGAAGAAGUCUAAGGAACAGAAGCAAGCCGAGAAGGAUUCUGCUAUCGCUGCCCAGGCUGCCCUAGAUGCUGGCGAAGAAUUGCCUUCAAAGGAAGAGACUAAGAUUCGCAUUAAGUUGAGCAAGUCUACACCUAAGGAGCCUAAGGAGAAGGAUAAUGAAGCUAGGGACACUCCUACGAAGCAACCCAAGGAGAAAGAGAAGUCUGUCGAGGAGCCACCUCUUAAUCCUCUCGAACUCAAGUUCCAGUCCAAGGGCUACAACCAGAUUUAUGACCAGAUCUGGCGUGACCUCGCUCGUAAGGAUGUUCCGAAGACAUUCAAGUUGGCUAGCGAUUCCUAUGCUACGAAGGCUUCGAACCUUAAGAAGACUGCUAUCCUAGCCUCGAAAGAAGCUAAGCGAUGGCAGCUUCGUACCAACAAGGGUACAAAGGAUCUUCAAGCGCGUGCUAAACGUUGCAUGCGUGAUAUGAUGGGAUUCUGGAAACGUAACGAACGUGAAGAGCGUGAUCUACGCAAGGCAGCAGAGCGACAAGAGCUUGAAAACGCUCGAAAGGAGGAAGCUGAUCGCGAAGCUGCACGCCAGAAGAGGAAGCUGAACUUCUUGAUCUCCCAGACCGAACUGUACUCUCAUUUCAUUGGCAAGAAGAUCAAGACCGACGAAGUGGAGCGUAGCACCGACAACCCCGAUAUCGCGCCGGAUGCCCACGCCGUGGCUAAGUCGAAUGACGUUGAUGUCAACGAACCAUCGGACGGGCCUGUCGGCAAGGUUACUGACUUUAGUCAGCUGAACUUCGAUGCCGAAGACGAGGAAACUCUGAGACAAGCUGCGAUGGCGAAUGCUCAGAACGCUAUUGCGGAAGCACAACAGAAGGCACGAAGCUUUAACAAGACCGAUAAUGACAUGGACGAAGAUGGCGAGAUGAACUUCCAGAACCCGACCGGUCUUGGUGAUGUGACAGUCGAACAACCGAAGUUAUUGAACUGCCAGCUCAAAGAAUACCAGUUGAAGGGUCUGAACUGGCUUGCCAACCUUUACGAACAGGGCAUCAACGGUAUUUUAGCCGACGAAAUGGGUCUCGGCAAGACGGUCCAGUCUAUCUCUGUUAUGGCAUACCUUGCGGAAGUGCAUGAUAUCUGGGGUCCUUAUCUAGUAGUUGCUCCGGCUUCAACUCUACACAAUUGGCAACAGGAAAUUGCGAAGUUUGUCCCCGAAUUCAAGGUUCUCCCAUACUGGGGUACUGCUGGCGACCGAAAGGUGCUGCGUAAAUUCUGGGAUCGCAAGCAUAACACCUACCGAAAAGAUGCGCCUUUCCACGUCUUGGUCACGUCUUACCAGCUGGUUGUUUCUGACGUCGCUUACUUCGCUAAGAUGCGUUGGCAGUAUAUGAUCCUCGAUGAGGCGCAAGCCAUCAAGAGCUCCCAAAGUUCGCGUUGGAAGUGCCUGCUAGGCUUCCACUGCCGUAACCGACUGCUUCUUACGGGUACGCCUAUCCAGAACAACAUGCAAGAACUUUGGGCUCUUCUUCAUUUUAUCAUGCCGUCACUUUUCGACUCUCACGACGAAUUUAGCGAAUGGUUCUCGAAGGAUAUCGAGUCUCACGCCCAGAGCAACACAACCCUUAACGAGGAUCAGCUUAGGCGGCUGCAUUUGAUUCUCAAACCUUUCAUGUUACGUCGUGUGAAGAAGCAUGUGCAGAAGGAACUCGGUGACAAGAUUGAACAGGACGUGUUCUGCGAGCUUACUUAUAGACAGCGCGCUUAUUACAGGAACCUCCGAAAUCAGAUCAGCAUCAUGGAUCUGAUAGAGAAGGCUACUCUUGGAGAUGAUCAGGAUUCAGGCACACUCAUGAACCUUGUUAUGCAGUUCCGAAAGGUGUGCAAUCACCCUGACCUAUUCGAACGCGCGGACACGAUGAGUCCAUUCUUCGCCGGUUAUUUUGCCGAAACUGCUUCAUUCGUCCGCGAAGGAAACAAUGUCACUGUUGGAUACUCGACUCGAAACCUCAUUGAUUAUCACUUGCCACGUCUCGUUUGGACCGAAGGUGGUCGGUUGCAAAAGGCUGGGAAGGACAAUGAGAAGGCUGGAUUCAGAAAUAAGUAUCUGAACCAUCUUAUGAACAUCUGGACACCGGAAAACAUGCGCGAAAGCUCAUCUGGAACCGAUGCAUUCUCCUUCCUCCGAUUCGCCGAUGCUAGUCACGAAGAAGUCUACAAGGCUAGCCACCAGGAUGUUUUCUCACGAGCUGUAGACCUUGUGAAGAAGCCAAACCGACUUGGCCGGAUGAAUGUAAUAUAUGAUGAGCCUGGCGAGGAGAACUUUACUCCUGCCCACGCGUUAUUCCAGAUCGCAGCGCGUUCCGAUCGCAAGCCAUUAGUCGAUAUUACUAACGAAGGUGUACUCGGCAACCUCAUGAAUAUUUCUCGUUCGACAUGGCGAGAUUCUGGUCUUAGCCGACUCGAGCAAGCGGCUUUGCCUGGUGCUACUGCUCCUCCUGUUGAGGUUUCAUGCGAGGGUACUAGAGCUCCGUUCGCCGAGCGCGAAGACACGCUGUUCAACAUCCGAAUGCGAAAGACCCUGUACGGACCUAUUGCUCCAGAAGAGAAGGCUCUCGUAUUACAGAAGGUCCCGAUGGAGCGCUAUCCGCCACCAGCUAUGCUUCCUCAACCGGACGGCGAGAAGCGACGAUUUACAAACAUCACUGUUCCUAGCAUGCGUCGUUUUGUCACUGACAGCGGCAAACUCGCUAAACUCGAUCAGCUACUAUUCAAGCUGAAGGAGGAAGGUCACCGCGUCCUGCUGUACUUCCAGAUGACAAGAAUGAUAGACCUCAUGGAGGAAUAUCUUACUUACCGUAACUACAAGUAUUGUCGACUUGAUGGAUCUACGAAGCUGGAAGAUCGUCGUGACACCGUUCACGAUUUCCAGACCCGACCCGACAUCUUCGUCUUCUUACUUUCGACUCGCGCUGGUGGUCUUGGUAUCAAUCUUACAUCUGCCGAUACCGUUAUCUUCUACGACAGUGAUUGGAACCCUACUAUCGAUUCGCAAGCCAUGGAUCGUGCGCAUCGUCUCGGUCAGACGAAACAAGUCACGGUCUACCGUCUUAUCACCCGCGGUACUAUCGAAGAACGUAUCCGUAAGCGCGCGAUGCAGAAGGAGGAAGUGCAACGAGUGGUUAUCCAAGGAGGUGGCGCACGUGGUGUCGACUUCAGUGGUCGUCGUCCGCCCGAAAACCGCAAUCGCGAUAUUGCCAUGUGGCUCGCCGAUGAUGAGCAAGCAGAGCUCAUCGAACGACGUGAGAAGGAACUUCUCGAGAGCGGCGAGCUUGACAAGCAAACCAAGAAGCGAGGCGGCAAUAAGAGAAAGCGGGAGGCAGUCAGUUUGGAUGAGAUGUACCAUGAGGGUGAGGGCCACUUCGAUGACGGCAACAAACCUUCUGGUACUGCUACUCCCGUUGAGGCUGGAGACGCGAAGGCUGCUAAGAAGCGAAAGAGUGGUAGUAAGAAAGCUAAGACUACGAAGCAGCGGCUUGCCAUCGCCGACGGAGAGAUGGACAUUUAACCUACUACGAAAGGCUACUUGUCACAUAAAUACCAUCAGGUCUCGAAUACUACUUCUCGCAGAAGAAGAAGACCUUGUACAAAAUCAAAGGAUAACGGCGUUAUAAUGGCAUCGAUUACAUAUGUGAAGAGACGGGCUCUUGGCGGGAUAACCACAAUCAUCAUAGAGCUUUAGUUAAUCGUCUUUUCUAUUAU